AUGAGUAAUGGGAAAAACGCAAAUUUGGGAAAAACGAAAAUAUGGGAAAAACGCAAAUAUUGGAAAAACGCAACUAUGGGAAAAACGCAAAUAUGGGAAAAACGCAAAUAUGGGGAAAACGCAAAUAUGGGGAAAACGCAAAUAUGGGGAAAACGCAAAUAUGGGAAAAACGCAAAUAUGGGAAAAACGCAAAUAUGGGAAAAACGAAAAUAUGGGAAAAACGAAAAUAUGGGAAAAACGCAAAUAUGGGAAAAACGCAAAUAUGGGAAAAACGCAAAUAUGAGAAAAACGCAAAUAUGGAAAAAACGCAAAUAUGGGAAAAACGCAAAUAUGGGAAAAACGCAAAUAUGGGAAAAACGCAAAUAUGGGAAAAACGCAAAUAUGGGACAAACGCAAAUAUGGGACAAACGCAAAUAUGGGACAAACGCAAAUAUGGGACAAACGCAAAUAUGGGACAAACGCAAAUAUGGGACAAACGCAAAUAUGGGACAACCGCAAAUAUGGGACAAACGCAAAUAUGGGACAAACGCAAAUAUGGGACAAACGCAAAUAUUGGAAAAACGCAAAUAUGGGAAAAACGCAAAUAUGGGAAAAACGCAAAUAUGGGGAAAACGCAAAUAUGGGGAAAGACGCAAAUAUGGGGAAAGACGGAAAUAUGGGGAAAAACGCAAAUAUGGGGAAAAACGCAAAUAUGGGGAAAAACGCAAAUAUGGGGAAAAACGCAAAUAUGGGGAAAAACGCAAAUAUGGGGAAAAACGAAAAUAUGGGAAAAACUCAAAUAUGGGAAAAACUCAAUUAUGGGAAAAACGCAAAUAUGGGAAAAACGCAAAUAUGGGAAAAACGCAAAUAUGGGAAAAAUGCAGAUAUCGGAAAAACGCAGAUAUGGGAAAAACGCAGAUAUGGGACAAACACAGAGAUGGGAAAAACGCAGAGAUGGGAAAAAUUCAGGUAUGGGAAGAACGCAGAUAUGGGAAAAACGCAGAUAUGGGACAAACGCAGAUAUGGGACAAACGCAGAUAUGAGACACACGCAAAUAUAGGAAAAACGCAAAUAUGGGAAAAACGCAAAUAUGGGAAAAACGCAUAUAUGGGAAAAACGCAAAUAUGGGAAAAACGCAAAUAUGGGAAAAACGCAAAUAUGGGAAAAACGCAAAUAUGUGAAAAACGCAAAUAUGGGAAAAACGCAAAUAUGGGAGAAACGCAAAUAUGGGAAAAACACAAAUAUGGGAAAAAUGCAAAUAUGGGACAAACGCAAAUAUGCGACAUACGUAAAUAUGGGACAAACGUAAUUGUGGGACAAACGUAA